ACCUUCUGUCCUCUAAGAGAUUCAGUGUGCAUAGCAGUUAGUGCAAAAUGAGGGUAAUUUUUGCAAUUCUCUCAACACUUCUCGUAGUGUCCACGGCAUCCAACGAAGUCUAUCCAACCUACGACAAUGAUCACCAGCAUCCUCGAUCGAGCUCCAUCACCAGUCGCCAGUCUACGUUCAUCGAUGCCGAAGAAUUGACUUCAGAGUUCUGGCGUCAGAAGGCUCAGGAAACAAUAAAGGCCAAGCUACAACAACAGUCAAUCGUUUCCAGAGCAAAAAACGUUGUCUACCUUAUUGGCGAUGGAAUGUCCUCGCAAACUACCGCAGCCACUAGGAUGUAUCUGGGUGAUGAAAAUGUCGUGCUCUCGUUUGAACAGUUCCCAUACGUAGCCACUGCUAAAACCUACUGCGUAGAUCGACAGGUGGCGGAUUCAGCAUGUUCGGUUACUGCGUUCCUCUCCGGAGUUAAAACCAACUACAGGAUGAUCAACGUGAGCCCUGCGGUGUCGGAUAGCGAUUGCGGGUACGAUAGAGAGGAAUCUGAAUUCCUUGGAUUGCUCAAGUGGGCACAGGAUGCUGGUUUGGCGACUGGACUUGUGACUAACACCCGCAUCACUCAUGCCACCCCCGCCGGAGCGUACGCAAGUGUGUCGAGUCGUGACUGGGAAGAUGACUCCUACGUAACGAGUGACGGGUGUGACGUGGCCGAAUACCCGGACAUUGCUCAACAGCUGAUCCACGGUGAAGUCGGUAAAAAGUUCAAUGUUAUUCUUGGUGGUGGUCGCCGUCAUUUUGUGCCAUCCACCGAGUUGGAUGACGAAAAUGUGGCAGGAUCCCGCGGGGAUGGAAGAAACCUAAUCAACGAGUGGAAAGAGGCUCAUCCAAGCAACUCGGCGUACGUCUGGAACAAGCCCGGACUGCAGUCCAUUGAUGUCUCCACCACCGAGAACGUACUGGGCCUGUUCGAAAGUAGUAACUUGCUGUACAACAUGGAAAUUGACGAUCAGCAGCUCGGCGAUGUGAAGCCCAAGCUGACGGAAAUGGUGGAAGUGGCCCUGAAACUGCUCACCAAGAGAACGGAAGGGUUCUUCCUUUUUGUAGAAAGUGGAAAAAUUGAUAUGGCCCAUCAUGGGGAUCAACCACGGUUGGCACUGGACGAGACGGCGGAGUUUUCGCGAGUGGUUGAGCUGGUGCGCAAUAUGACCUCGGAGGAGGACACACUGAUCGUGGUGACGUCGGAUCAUGGACACACGAUGACGUACAAUGGAUACCCGAAACGUGGCAACGAUAUCCUCGGCAUCGGUGGCUACAGCGACGAAGAUGGCCUCCCCUACACGACUCUGAGCUACGCCAACGGCGAAGGCUACUACAACACCUACAAAGAUGUGAACUACGCCGAAAGGCUGGACAUCAGCAGCCUGGAUCUCAGCGACUACCACACCAAGUAUAUGGCAACGGUUCCGCUGAGCUCGGAAGCGCACGGUGGAGAGGAUGUAACCGUCUACGCCAGUGGUCCGAUGGCCCAUAUCUUCCGGGGAACCGUGGAGCAGAAUGUGCUACCGGAGCUGAUUUCCUACGCGGCCAAAAUCGGACAGUACAGGCAGACCGAAAACGGUGGUGAAGACGAUGAUGAGGAUGAUGAUCCCGGAACCGGGUCGUCGCUGGCGGUGUAUGUGAAGUUGAUGGUUGCUUGCGGGGUUGUGGCUUUGUUGAAUCGGCUGAAGUGGUAGGACGAUAAAGCACUGUACUGAUUAGGUAAGAUGCGUUUUGCUGGGCAAAACAAGAGUCGAUUUAAGAAAUAAAUAUGG